CUGGAAAAGGCCUGAUCAUGUGGUGACAUAACUGCCCCAACCCCCCAAGGCAAGGUCCAAAAAGACAUGCAAUCCCACUGACCUCUGACCUCACAAUUGUGCUGGUGAAUGAAUGGACAAAGAAAAUCCCCCAGACGCGCUCUCAACAUCUAGAAAGUCUUCACGUUCCUGUCUGUGUGUUGUCCCAAUACUUUUGCCCAGAGUGUGACACUUCCGGGUUGGACCAGCAGUACCAGGGCAAGGACACCCUCUUGUGGUCGUCACUAAACUGGGCGCCAUGGAGAGGGAAUUAAACCAAAAACAAAAUACUUAACCAUCUGCCUGCUUUUAAGCACCGGUUUAGUGUGUGUGUGUUUGGGCUGUUUUUAAUAGCUUGUAAAUAAAUGUGGUGGCUUGAGAUAUUUUAAUAUAAGCAAAAGAGCGGCGUGUAUGGUGGGGUGGAGAACACAGCAGCAGUGCGUGUACUUCACUGUCACCUGGAUGUGAAACACACACCUGUUGCCGGCUCCUGUCCCCCCACAUAUAUCACAUUUCAGGCCGGUUCAAGAGCUGCAACCGAUGACUCAGUUCUGGAGAGACUGAAAAGAAUAUUCGAGGGAUGUUUUUAUAAAACAAAAAGGACUCUCAUUCACGGAGACUGCCAGUAAUCAAGCUACAGAUUGAGUAUGCUGCAGGUUGUCUGAGUGACAGAUAUGGGGUCAAGAAGAUCUUAUUUACUCAUUCUGUCAGUGUUGGCACUUGUUUGCCUAUUCCGGACUAACCAUGGAGAAAGACCAGAGGUGCGCGGAACUGUCAGAGGUGUUGUCGAGUUGGAAUGUCGUUUUCCUCCAUCGGAUUCAGCUGACGUGUCCUCUGGGUCACACCAUGUGGUAGAAUGGGUACGACAAGGACUUGACAUCCCUGUGCUGAUCAAAUUUGGAUCCUACACACCUCGUGUCCAUCCACAAUAUGAUGGACGGGUGUCUCUGGUGGGGAUCAACACUCUGAGGUUGGAGGGUCUGCAGUUGGACGACCAGGGCUUAUAUGAGUGCAGGAGCAUCUUAUUAGAUAAACCAACUGAGGAGCUUCGCAACGGGACCUGGAUAAUGCUUUCUGUAAUUGCGCCCCCUACCUUUACCAAAACCCCACCUCCUGUGCUGGAAGGUGUGGUUGGCAAUCACCUCUCUCUUGUCUGUGCUGCCAUUGGCAACCCUCUUCCAGCCAUCACUUGGCUCAAAGAUGGAAGCGUGAUUCAAAGAGGGAACGGCCAGGAGCAAGUCUUAUCUCUGCCAGCAGUGAGCAUGCAGUCAGCAGGACAGUAUACCUGUCACGCUUCCAAUACAGAGGGAAACGUGACUCUCGAGACAAAAGUAAAGAUAAAAGGUCCCCCUGUCAUCAUUGUACCUCCCAAAAGCACCUCUCUCAAUGUAUCCCAGAAUGCACUUCUUCACUGUCAGGCGGUGGCCGACCCCCCCAACAUGACCUACGUGUGGCUGAAAGGAGGAGAGAACGUCUACCAUGUAGAGUCUUUAAAGUCGCGUGUAAAGAUUAUGGUAGAUGGAACUCUCCUCAUCACCAGCGUCACCCCAGAGGAUUCUGCGAACUAUACCUGUGCUCCAACAAAUGGCCUGCUGGCGCCUCCCACUGCCUCUGCCAACCUGACAGUAAUGCAUCCAGCCCAGGCUCUUGCCAUGCCCCAGGAAACUUAUCUUCCCACAGGCAUGGGCGGCAUGGUUAACUGCUCCUCGGUAGCUCAGCCUCCUCUGCUUUAUGUGGUGUGGACUAAGGAUGGAGAGCCAAUUGAUCUGUCAUUGUAUCCAGGGUGGACCCUGACACCGGAAGGCAAUUUGCGUAUGGCCACAGUCAAUGAUGAUGCAGCGGGCGUAUACACAUGCACUCCAUACAACAGCUAUAACACCAUGGGACCAUCUGGACCAACCAAAGUCAUUUUGCAGGACCCCCCAUCAUUCAGCAUCGCUCCAGAGAAGCAGUACAAACAGAAGAUUGGAAGAACUUUGCUCAUUCCAUGUCAAGCAAACAACAAUUCCACAGUUACAGUGAGCUGGACCAAGGGUAACUUGGUUCGCCGCGUAUCUUAUUCCAUCAAACCCAAUGGCUCGUUGUUGCUGCGGCCCCUCGCCAAGGACCACCACGGAAAAUGGGAGUGCAGUGUUUCGAACCGUGUAGCCUCGAUAAAAGCCAACACUCAUAUCUUUGUUUUGGGAACCAGCCCCCACGCAGCUACAAUGCUGUCCGUUUCUCCAGGGGUGAAGCAGGCCAAUAUAUCCUGGGAGGCAGGCUUUGAUGGAGGUUCACCACAGACAUUUUCAGUUUGGGUAAAGAAAAAGUUGGUGCUUGAUAAUGAAAGCAAGCAGGACUGGUUCUCUGUGCCCGUGUCCCCCUUCUAUGGCAGCUCCCUGCUGGUGACAGGCCUAUCUCCUGCUACAGAGUAUCAGUUCAGCGUACUGUCCCACAACAAAAUGGGCACCGGACCUUUUAGUGAAAUCACCACAGCACGAACUUUAGAGGCAACACCAAUGAGAGGUCAGCCUGUGGUGCUGUCAGCUAGUCGAGGCUCAGCAGGUAUAGUUCUGCAGUGGUCCCUUCCCGAGGCCCAGAACCCACCCAUCACCGGGUUUAUUCUCCAGUCCCGCAUCAAGCAAGGGGAGUGGCUCAAUUUGGAUGACGACAUUAGUGCCAACACAAGCGAGAUUGUCGUUCCUGGUCUGCAUAAGGACUGUGUAUAUGAGCUGCGGCUGCUAACUCAACGCGGUGAGCUGCUGAGCGAGCCCAGUCCAUCAGUCAAUGUCUCCACCAUGGGAAUGGAAAUGUACCCUUCGACAUCCAGACUGCUGGAAUCUCCAGAACCAUUAUUGGCUGGCAUUCUUGGUGGAGUUGGGUUCAUGUGUUUGGCAUUGGUCCUGCUGUUGGUGUCCGCCUGCCUCAUCAGCCACAGAAGGAACCUACGCUGCCGAAGGAAGCGGAAUGAACCCCCACCUGCCAUCUAUAAGUGCUCCCCAUCAAUAAAGAUUUCAGGCUCCGGCAGUACAGACAGUGUGUUGAAGAAAAGCCUACUUCCAGCCAGUUCCCUCUACCCCACCACUUCCUCUACCAUUUCUUCCUUGUCCUCGCAGACACAUUGUUCUUCCUUCAACAAUGAGAAUCGUUAUCACAAGCCGUCACUGUCCUCUCACCACACAGAAAACCAAAAUCAAUUCCCAUGUUCCAAAUGUCCUUGUCCUGUUACUCCUUCCGUUGAGUUGAUCUCAAGAGGUCCAGAUGGGCGUUUUAUAAUGCUGCCGUACGACACUCUGAGUGUUCAAAGUAAGGAAAGUGUCAAAUAUAGCCAACCGUGUAGUGGCCGAAGGUCUGUAUCAUUAUGCUCCGAGCUGCAAGACGGUAAAAACCCACCGUUUGUUCUUUCUGUGGAUCUCCCACCUUGCAAAGCAGCUGAAACAAACACGAGGCAAACAUCUGACCCCACCCAGCAUACCGACAUCGAUAACUUUGAUGACAAGGGAAAUUCUGAUGGCUUUCCUGACCUGAACAGCAUGUGCUCUAACAGUAGUCUGGCCAGUGUAUUUCACAAAAGAGCGCUAUCUCCCACAUUUCCGGUGCUACCACAUAUCCGCUCAGGCCUCGGUAAGCCAUCAACAACUGCCAGUACUCUGGUUCUCCAAAUGGAACACGAGCGGGAGACGGGAAACCUCAGCCACUGCUUGAAAUUGGCUCGGGAGAGGGAAGAGCUGGCGAAAGAACUCCAGAAAUACAUACUGUACAGACGCUCCGAUGGGAAAAUGGGUGAAGGGCCACGUGUGUCUGAGAAGCGAGACGGUUAUGAGCUUAUUCGGGAAUAUAAGAGCAGCACCUUGCCAUGCAGACACCCUCCAAGCUACAGGGACAGUUUUCCAAGUCAUUGCUCGUCAUCGUCUGUUCACUUGGAUGCUUGUCCCACAGUGAUAACAACCAGGACCUCCUUCACUCCUUCCACACCUCCAAAUCUGUCUUAUUUAAAUUCUGGUAACCAACAUCCUACUCUUUCCUUAACCGGACAGAUCCCACUCAAAUGUGAGGAAGCAGACCAUUCUUUCAAAGACAGAUUAACUCCUCCACAUCUCUCCCCAAUGCAGAGGCAUGGAAGAGUACAGGAAUCACCACAGGGCUAUGAUAAUUUACUGCAAUCCUCUUCUUUAGAAAUGCAAACAAAUAUACCUUCUUCUGAGGCAUGGAAACAGAACAAUACAUCAAUUCAUUGCAAUAAAUUUGUCAAAAGAUCCAAUUUGUUUCCCGACAUAUCAUCAGGUUGCUUAAAAGUGGUGGAAAAAUUCCCCAAGCCCACUGAGCAGGGUGUAGGUAUGGAGAUGAGUGUGGAUGAGCCAGAGUUUAACUUUGUCACACAACCCAUGCUGCACAGUAGAAUCGCCUCUCAUGUGCGAGGAGGGUACUCUCUUCCUCGCAGAGGCCGAUAUGAAGAAAGGAGGAGGAGCAUAAGCUUUCAUUAUCGUGAUAAAUCGUCAGAGCCAGAGCUCCGAGGAGUCGUAAGCCAAGGUACGAAACUCUGGGACUCGAAGCAACGAAGUCAGAGUCUAGACUCCAGAAGACAAAAAGAGACAGUUUUUCUAACACCUGAUGCAUGGAUCGACUCUCUAAGCCAAAAAAAUACAUCCCCUUGUCAUCCAGACCCUUUGUGCAAAGACCACCAAAGUUCACUCACCAGCAAUAUCUCCAAAUAUUCCACCAAUAGUCCAACAACCCAUCAUUCACCCCAUGUGAUGGACUCCCCCAGGAGGAGGCCUGCACAGAAUCCCAUUGUUCCAGACGACCACAAGCUACGAAGUGAUGCCUCUGUCUUUUCUAAUGCUGCCAAAUGGCCAGCUGUCUACCAGGAAGCCAUGCAAAAAGCAAUGGGUUACUUAGAGGCCACUAAGGAAUCUUCCAGAUGUUCAAUGCCUGAUGACAGGAGGCCACACAAUAAUCCAGAGACGCUGGAGUUGCCAGACAUCUACGAGGGAGUUCCUGAAUGCGGGAGCAGCUACAGUAGUUAUGCAAGCAGUGGCCGAGGAAGCAUGGAGCCCGCUAAUGGACGCUUGUCACUGUGUCAUUUGUCAACAAACAUCACCAGCUCACCUGGAACCGUACAGGAAGAGGGUCAGGCAGGCGCAGCGGACAAAUACAGCCUCCAAAUGGAACACCCCCAAAGAAAGCCCUCGGUUGAUGAGAAUUAUGAAUGGGAUGAGGCUGACGUCUGCUCACAACCAAACGACCAUGAUGGCCUUCUUCCUUCAUUGAGUCGACGCAACGCCGCAGCGCUUUGUCGCCAUCCCAGCAUGCAGUUUUCCCCCAACACACUGAAAAACUUCAGUCAGCACUCUUUGCUCCUGGAGCAUCAAAGCAGCUGCUCUGCCGAGCUUGAACCUGACACUGUGCUUUUCUGACAGCGUUUGUCUGACUUUUCACUUAUUGACUUGCAGCACAAACACGACAAACACGUCACCACUUUAUGUGAUUCACCUUGUGGUGAUUUUUUUUUUACUGCAAAUUGGACGUCACAUCUUACCUGUAUUAUUUUGUUUUCAUGAAUUAUUAUUAUUAUUAUCCCAGGGCCGUGAAUGCUGAAUGUGCAUGAUCCCUAGCUAUAUUAAUGUUCACCUUUCACAGACUCUCUGCGACCUGAUUGGCUAAGGGACUGUAGACCAUUGUCAAUCGAUCUCCUCCGUGCCGUCCUGUGCAGUACAGAAUGCAUUCAGCUUCAGCAAAAUUAACAUAAACGUUCGAUCGCUAGCAGUGUCAUUCUAAAGUGCUGUAUGUUUGCAAGUUUUGUCCCCGCCAACACACACAAUGUCAACGAAAUGUUCUUCACCAUCAAAAAGCACCUGCGGUCGCAUCUGGAACCCAUAAAAGGAAGAAGUUGCAACUGUAGGCCGCCAUUACUGAAAGAGGAAGGAAGGAGGCAAGUGCGAUGACAGAUGACAGGCAAUGUGGUUUAACAAGGAUACAAAAACGCUACAGUACAGCAGAACGGCGUCAGGGUGAUAAAGAGACACGGUCAGAGGAGUGAAAUACUUUUUCUUGUGUCUUUGUUUGAAUCAUUAAAAUUCAAACAAAGGUUUGAACUUGGUGUGUAAACAAGAGAAGAAUGUGAUAAAAUGUUUAGAAAGGUGUAUGGUGAGGGGUUUUACAGCCUUAAAACAUACACAAUAAUUGUAAAAAAAAAUGUAAGUUGUUUUUUUCACUUUUUGCAGGCUAUUUUGGGAACCUAUCCCCCGCGAUAAACGAGGGAACACUGUAUGUCAAAAUACUUUGCUGUGCUGGUUGUAAUGUAUUAUCGUGACAAAUAUAGAUCUAUAUUUGCUCUGAGAGCACCAUUAGUGCUCCAAACAUAUGACAUUGCUCUCACUUUUUGUUGUUCACUUAUGCAAGGCCAUUAAA